UAAAUAGGCCACAUUAGGUAUAGUCUGGUAAAGAGUAUACGCAAUAAUACAUUGUUAAAAGUCCAUAAAGGCACAAUGAUUUAGGCUGUUCUUUGUUCUCUCUCGAGCAAAUUGGAGAACCAGCUGUCAAGCGUUUAGAGGAGCAGAAGAUUGAUCGUCGCAUUAAUUUCAAGACUCCUCUGUAAAAUUAGCUCUCAGACGGAAGAACACGCCGAGCUAAUCAAGUAGUUCACAUGAGCUGCUUUACUUAUACACAUUGGGCAACAUAAUUCUCAUAGAGAACGCCUGGUAUUAUACACCAAUCGUAUAUCCUCUUGUUAACUGCAUGAAUGACAAUGGAAACAUUUCAGUUCACUAAACUUACUCUUAUAAUACUGUUAAAAAAGCACAGCCAAAAUACUAUUUCGAUCACAUAGACCAUCCAAAUCAACUGUUUGCUUCAAACUCUAAAUUUUCGAGAGACAAAAUUGAAAUAAUUUCAAAAUCUUUCACUUUUUCAGACUAUCAUUCUCCCUCAGUCUGACCAGAAGGUCCUUGCAGAAGUGGUGUGACGUGUUUCUGUUCUUAUCAGAUUGAUGGGCGAGUUUGACUGAAGCAUUUGUCAUGUAAAUGUGAGACGUUUGAUGGACGAUCCUGACCUGACAAACUGCUAUAGGUCCCAAUUGCCAUUGGCGUAAAGUGAGUCACAUGGUCUGUCACUAACGUGAUAUGAGCGUGGUAGGCAGUUUUACAGAUUUGACAUACUACCUAGAGGUUGUAGGGCACAGGGAAGAGCAAUUAAGGUGGACUGACCCGUCUUCAUUAAUUUUGCCAUAACAAUACAGGAUGAACUCUUACUUAGAUUAUACCAUUUGUAACAGGGGGACUAACAUAUUCAAUGCCAAUGCCGGACACCACAAUUUAAACCAUGGAUACAGGUCCUCCUUAUCUUCCAAUUCAUGCUCAACAAGUGAUAGUUUUGUGUCCGAUGGGCGGUUAGUUGGUGGUUCUUCGGUGCACCAGACUUCGAGCCACCCUGUCCACCAGUCCCAGCUACAUCAUAUAGAUCUCCAGUUUGGACCAACGGGAAACUCGGUGUAUGGCUCGCCAACAGGGCCAAACUUGGAUUAUGGACCUCAUCAAUACGCUCUAAUUCAUGAACAAGAACGAGGUUUCAUUCAGUCGCCUGGGAUUCCUGUGUCAGCCAUUGGAACGAACAUGCCCCCCCUGGCCGAAGGGAACAGUGAGCCCCUGGCCGAAGGGAACAGUGAGCCAGGGUCUGCACCAAGCAGCCAGUAUCUGCACUUUUGCAGUGGAGAACAGGGGCAACCAGAAUACUUGGAGAGUAUUUACUCGAGAUUAGUUCCUUUCCAAUAUAGUGAUAAGGAUUCGGAUGAUUUCAAUGCAGAUUUAACUUCAAAAACUUUCGACUGGAUGAAAGUUAAGAGGAAUCCCCCUAAAACAGUUUCAGAGUAUGGAGUCCUCGGUCAACAGAAUGUAAUCCGUACCAACUUCAACACAAAGCAGCUGACAGAGCUCGAGAAGGAGUUCCAUUUCAACAAGUACCUGACCAGGGCCCGGCGAGUGGAAGUUGCCGCUAUUCUCGAGCUCAACGAAACUCAAGUGAAAAUUUGGUUCCAAAACCGCAGGAUGAAGCAGAAAAAGCGUGAGAAAGCAGGAACCGUCUUUCGAAACACAGCAGUACCGGCAAAUGAUUUGGGAGAGAUCACCCCAUCUCCUGAUGUGUCGCCAAGCUCGAAGACCGCAUAAAGAAAUCGUUUUACAAAUAACAUUUGAAUUACCGCACUCAUGGUGCUGCACUUUACUUGUCACAAGUUCAAGGAUACUGCAGGUUUACAGGGUUUAGGUGCACUAAUUUCUGCAAACAAUUUAGUUUCAUGUUUGCACUAUUUACGGGUAUUUUCUACAAAUACAUUUAGAUUAGAUUUAUGUGAGAAGUUAGAAAUAGAAUGUUUGUUUUGAAAAGUCUGUAUUUGUGCUGAUUUGUACAUUUUGUGAGUGAAUGAAAUGUUCCCAUACGGUAGGCUAUAAAGUAUUUAUUGAAUGUGACAAUAAGGAUAUGUUGUAAGAAAAUCUAAAUCUUUGGAAAUAAUUGAAUUCUUCUUCGAUGUUCUUUCUACGCAAAUAGUAUUUUGGAAGUCAACAUUGUUUAACUGUUGUUGAAACUGUUUUAAAUCUGCCUACUCAUGAA